UAUAAGGAGAGGACACCCCUUCACAUUCAGUCACUUCACGACUCUACGAGAUGGCUCUCCUCAUCCACCUGCUGCUGUGUGCAACGCUCAUCUCUCUGGCGCAAACUUACUCCACUGAAGACAUGAAGAAGGCGAUUCUACAAAAAGUCGGACUAACGGAACUGCCCAGUAUCCAGAAGGGAGACUUGGAAAAUCUGGUGGUCCCGAAUCACAUCAAGAGCAAGUAUCUGUCCAUGCUGAAACUGCACCAUGCUCGGAGGCGGAGGUCUCUGCCCAGUUUGGCGGGAAUCCUCAGGCGUAUCCAUGGCAACAUAGAUAUCACAGGGGAAAUGAAAUACUCAGAAAUGACUCGACAACAUCUCGUGUUUGACAUGGAGUCACGGCUGAAGGAAAACAGCGAGGUGGCCAUGGCAGAGCUCAAACUUUAUCAGACUGCUCCGAGGAAGCUGCCUGGGACCGAGAAGAAGAAGCACAGACCCGUCCAUCACGCCCGAGUGAGCAUAUACUGGCUGUGCAACGAGUCCAACCACACUUCACUGGUAGACUCAAGGUUGGUGCCAGUAAACGAGGUCGGCUGGAGGAGCUUUGACGUGACUCAAGCGGUUCAUUACUGGUCCAAGUCACUGACAAAAAGCCCACUGCACUUGGAGGUGCGGAUCGAAGGAGAGAGGCCUGGAAAUUAUGCAGCCGUAAUGGCAAAGCGAGUGCGAUUCACCAUGCAAAACACCCCGAACAACCUCGACAAGACUGCAGGGAUACCUGAGCUCAUCCUAUACACCUUGAACUUGGAAGAAUAUGGGUCCCUGGGCGACUGUAGGCGCGGAGCGAACAAUCAGGCGUGCUGUCGGGAGGAGCAUUACAUCAACUUCCGGGAAGUAACGUGGGCGCAGUACUGGAUCCUGGAGCCCGCUGGAUACCAGGCUUUCCGCUGCGCAGGAGGAUGUAAGCAGCCGAAGCGUAAUUACGGCUACGGACCGAGAUCCUGCUCGGUAGUGGAAAGCGCGCCUCUUCCGGUUAUGUACCUGGUGAAGAAAGGGGACUACACACAGAUCGAAGUGGCCGAGUUUCCCAACAUGAUCGUUGAAAAGUGCGGAUGUUCCAUGGACAAGAUUUCCACAGCUUAAAAGCGAGGACUUCUCACUAUUCAACUGAGCACUUGAAAAUAAUGCAUAUAAUAUUGUCUCCAGUCACGUUAGUUUAUUUUGCACCAUCAAAGGCACUGUGUGAUUUCACUUUUACUUUCUGAAAAUAAAAAAACAAUUCAUUUUUAAUCUUAAUGUUUAAUGGUGCAGCCUUCUGUGUUUAAAAGUUUGUUUUGUAUGAAUUUCAUGUCGUCUAGCUAUAUAAAUGCUUAUGAUCUUGGACCUAACAGGCUAGUUAGGGAAGACUGACAAAGCAAUGGAAUUUAACAGGUUCAGAAAUAACACACCGGAUUACUUAGGAAUUAGGAGAUAACCACAUAAAUCAAUUAGAUGCUAACGAGCACUUCAUAACACUUGAAGCGAACCAGCCAUUAACACAUUUCACACACUGCAACAUUUUCACUGCAAUCAACUGUUCGGGUUCAUGUAGGUACAGCUGAUUGCAUUGCAUGCAGGAUAUAGCCUACAAUAAACAUCUCAAUCAGUGAGCUGUGGUGGAUGACAAGAUCUUUUAAAGGCUUUGAUUUCUGUGGCUGUGGUAGGCUAAUCGUUUGGAUGUAAGCAUCAUAUUUUGAAAAGUUUAAUGCACAGUAAUUAUAAUGUCACUCCUAUUAUUCCAUUAAUGUAGUGUAUUUUUUUUCUUUUUUUUAUUUUUUAAUUAGUGAAAGCUCCUUUAAGAAGGAAGCAGCCAGGGGAAUAGUCAUGCAGGUUGUUGAAGUUUAGUUUUUAAUUUAUUAUUAAUAAUAAUUUGUAGGUACAUGCCCCAAAAGGUACUGCCUAAGAAUAAUAACAAUACGAAAAAAGAUGACCUUCUAUACUUUUUUUUUUCAAUGUCAUCUGUGAAAAGUAGAAAGUUGGACGGAACCUUCUCUUUAAAAGUGUAGGAGCCAAAUAUUUCCUAAAUUAUUGGUGUUUCACACAGACUAUUAGUUUGUAGCCUAUAUGAUCUUUACAAAUUAAGUUUCGUGUUUCUUGAAGCUUAUAGUUUCAAGAAUUUCCAUAUGACAUAAUAAUACAUGUUAAUAAAAGUCAAAUGCUCACUUCGCCUUGAUUUAUUCAGACACAUGCACCUCAGCAUGCACUAAAACUGCUUUUUGGUGGUCAGUGUGCAUCAAA